CGGGCAGAGCGCAGCAGCCCGGCGGGGCGGGAGGCAGCGGCCGCCGCUUUCGCUUUUUGUUUAGGGGGCGUCCUGCCGAGAUCGGGGCUGCCGGCCUCCCCGCUUCCUCCGCCCGAGGGGGGGGCUGGGAAAGAAACUCAAAGUCGUGACUCUGACGAAACCCUCUGUGUCUCCAAAAGCCCUGCUCUGAGUUCAUCCCACCAGAAAGGCUGUGCAGAGUGAGAACCGCUUGUUGUGGUCAGUUUUCAGUUCUCUCUUGUUCCUGGACCUUGUUCCAAAUUUGAUCUGCUCGAGAGGGAAGCGUCUUAGUGAAGGAGCUUGCCUGGAUGCUGAGUACUUUAUAACUGUGUGUGCCUGAAUGCAUCAGCCUUUGGAUGUGCGCGUCUUCUCUUGAAACAGCCUUGUGAUAUCCUAGCUGCCUGUUCUCUCAGGAGGUCCCUUGGAAGAGCCUGUCUGUACGUCUGUUUGGGUGCCUGACAGGGCUGCCUUGCUUCCAGAUCUGAACCAUGUCACACCCAUCCUGGCUGCCACCCAAGAGUACCAACGAGCCGGUUGGUCACAUUACUGCAAGGAUGGAGACCACACACACCUUUGGGACUCCCAGCAUCUCGGUGUCCACCCAGCAGGCGCCAAAGAAGUUUGCGCCUGUUGUUGCCCCCAAGCCAAAGUACAACCCAUACAAGCAACCGGGAGGUGAUGGGGACUUCCUUCCUCCACCCCCACCUCCUGUGGAUGAUCUUGGGAACAUCACAUCAUCACAAGGUGCCUUUCCCCCCCCACCCCCUCUGGAUGAUGUUGCUUUCAAUGUGCAGGUGAAUCCUGGUGGCAAGACGCUCGAAGAGAGGCGGUCCAGUUUAGAUGCAGAAAUCGACUCUCUGACCAGCAUCCUGGCCGACCUAGAGAGCAGCUCUCCUUACAAACCUCGGACUCAACAGGGCUCUGGGACCGCGAGCAGCUCCGCCGCCACCACCCCAUCCGUGUCCACCCCUGUCACUGGCCACAAACGGAUGAUCAUCCCCAACCAGCCUCCCCUCACCGCCACCAAGAAGUCCACCACCAAGGGCCCAGGGCAGCCAGCCCCCAUCCCGGUCACUCCCGUCGGCACCCUGAAGCCGCAACCGGUGCCGGCCUCCUACGCCACGGCCUCCACCCCCAGCCGCCCGGCUUUCAACGUCCAGGUUCGGACGGCGCAGCCCAGCCCGCACUACCAGCCGCCCGGCCCGCAGCCCACGCACUAUGGCAGCCUCGGGCCCGGCCAGCCCUACGCUCCCCCGCCAUCCCGCCCGCCCGGCGCCCUGCAGUACGGCCCUCCGCAGCCCCAUGGGCCCGACUACGGCUACACCCCGCCGCCUGCCCGGCCCUCGGAGCCCACCUACGGCUAUGCACCACCGCAGGGCCGCUACCAGGACCCCUACUAUGGGGGGUAUGGGGGGAGGAACGGCUCCGAAGCGCCCUAUGUGCCACAGAGCUCCUGGAAGGCUGAGCCAACAUAUCCUGCUAGUAACACCGUGGGUCAGGCUCCUCCUGGGCUCUACCAGCCGCCCAGCACGAAGAAGACCUACAUUACCGACCCGGUGCUGGCCCCGCAGCCGCCCACGCUGCAGCAAAAGAGUGGGUAUCCAAGCUCUGGACCUGCAUCAGGCACUCCUGCCUUCAGGCCUGAGGAUGAGCUGGAACAUCUGACCAAGAAAAUGCUGUAUGACAUGGAGAAUCCUCCUUCUGAUGACUACUUCGGCCGCUGUGCCCGCUGUGGGGAGAAUGUUGUUGGGGAAGGCACGGGCUGCACGGCCAUGGACCAGGUCUUCCAUGUGGAGUGCUUCACCUGCAUGAUGUGCAACAACAAGCUGAGGGGACAACCUUUCUACGCAGUGGAGAAGAAAGCCUACUGUGAGCCCUGCUAUAUUAACACACUGGAGCAAUGCAGUGUCUGUGCAAAGCCCAUCAUGGAAAGGAUCCUCCGAGCCACUGGGAAGGCCUACCACCCCCACUGCUUCACCUGCGUGAUGUGCCAUCGCAGCCUGGAUGGGAUCCCCUUCACCGUGGAUGCCAGUGGGAACAUCCACUGCAUCGAGGAUUUCCAUAAGAAAUUUGCACCGAGAUGUUCGGUGUGUAAGGAGCCCAUCAUGCCGGCCCCAGGACAAGAGGAGACUGUACGCAUUGUCGCCUUGGAUCGUGACUUCCAUGUCCAGUGCUACCGAUGCGAGGACUGUGGUGGUCUCCUGUCUGAAGGGGACAAUCAGGGCUGUUACCCUCUGGAUGGGCACAUCCUUUGCAAGACCUGCAACUCUGCUCGGAUCCAGGCUCUGACUGCCAAGGCCAGCACUGAUCUCUAAGUAUCGACUGUGACCCUCCCCAGGAUGCCUGUUGGGGGAUAUUGCACAAGCUUUGCAUGAUUUCUUUCCAGCCUAGGGUCUGAAUCUCUGCUUUUGGUUUGUUUUUGGUUUUUUUUUUUUUUGCUUGUUUGUUUGGGGUUUUUUGUUUGGUUGUUUUUUUGUUUGUUUUUUGUUUUUGUUUGUUUUUUUUUAAUUAAAACUGGAAGGCCUUGGAACAAGAGGGUAGUUCAAGAGGCCAUGUUCAGAGUGCUCAUGACAGGCACCUAAUUUAGACAUGACUUUCAGGAGGGCAGCGAGUGAGUCAGACCACUGGCUCUCUGCAGCUGAUGGCGAUAAGUGGUCACAGCACCUAAGUUAUCUGCCUGUAGAAGGAGGUCUGAACAUGGUCUUAACUAUAUUUCUGUUUGAUUUCUGUCUCUUAAGAAGUACAUUAAGGUAGAUGGUGAAAGAUGGCUGAGAGUUCUUUAUCCCAAGUUAUUUUGAGAACCUGACCAGCUCUAAUUGAAGUCAUGGGGAGCUUCCCUUUGACUUCAGUAGGAUCUGGAUCACCAACAGAACUAGCUCCGCUGCCCUAGAAGGUGUGAGAGCAGACCCAGCACUCCUCUCAUCACAACUCAAUGCAGCUUCAGCUGUACUGCACCUAAGAGUAUAGUGUAGGUGUGACCUUGUAUCCCUGGGACACAGAUUUGUUACCUAUGUCUUUUUUCUUAGGCCCUUACUUGUCUCCAUUCCCUUCCAGUUCAAUAGGGUUUUUUGUUUUUCUUACAAAAUUAUAUUUUGCUAUUGCAUAAAUUUAUUCAGUAGCGAUGCUUCCAAUUCACAAUGUAUGAGCAAUCACAGAAAGAUGUGAGCUUGCACACACUGUACACUACACACACUACACACACACACACAAUGUGCUUUUGAUUUACCAGAGGUAUAAGCCAAUCAUGUCCAUCGAGGUCUUUUAAGGAUGUGGAGCUGGAAACACAUUUUUAAAAUCCCAGUGGUUAAAAAAAAAAAAAAAAGACUACAUAGAACUGCAGUGCAAAGCGAUGCUCAAAAAAAUCUUAUGCCACUUUCUCGCACACCCAACUCUAAUGGGACCACUGGCAGAGCUGGUUUCUGGGUAGACAUUUAAGCAAUAGAGUCUUGUUACAUCUUCUGUUUAUUUCAAUAGGAAGAUUUUCCUUCAACUGUAACAGGGAUUGAAUCAAGCCUUGGGAUAUACAUUUCUCAGAUGUUAACACAUGAUCUGCAGUUCUCAUUAAAAAAAUUAAGGAUCUUAUUUCAACAACAGCAAAAAGGAUCCUCCUAAAUACAUGCUGCUGUUCAGUUUUUAAGAAAGCUAAAGAAGGUAUUAAACCCUUCUCUGCCAUUCCAAAAAAUAAGCAUUUUCUUCUCUUUCAUUUUCAUCCCAGCCUCUUAUAACUUCUCUUUGGUGAAAUGUCAUUGCAAAAGGGUGCUGGGCCAGCAGCAGCAUUUUCAUCUUCAAUCCAGAAUUAAUACAUAUGCCAAGGUAAAUAAAAGCUGGGCACAAAUAAU